AUGGAGACCACUGUGGCGAGACUCCUGCUCGCGGUGACCAUGGUCUUGCUCCUCGCCAUGCCCGCCGCGAGUGGCGGCACCAUCACCAUGUCGUUCGCCUCGGAGGAGGUCGCGUCGGAGGAGGCCCUCCUCUCUCUGUACGAGCGGUGGGCGCAGCACUUCGGGAACGCUCUCCCAAGUGGAGGAGCACGCGGCAGCACCCGCUUCGCCGUCUUCGCGCAGAGUGUCCGGCUCGCGCACCAGCGCGGCCCGGGCAAACUGAAGCUCAACGAGUUCGCUGACACCGCCCUGAGCAACGACUAUAGCAUCCGCUGCUACAUUCCGCUGGCCAGAGGAGAAAAUACCUAG